AACGUCAUUCGCAUCGUCACCAUUUUUCCUCGUCGGCAUUACUACUCGCUUUCCUUCCAUUGCAUGUACAUCCAACAACAUCUGAUCAUGUUGCAACUAAUUUAUUAGCAUCUUGUCACCGUUCAACUAAUUUACUUGCCUUGCCUUGACCUUGACAUCUAUAUGCUAACGAGUUACGGCAGGUAGCUAGAACUUCCUGCCUGGAAAGCAGAAUGUCUAGGGCACAUAACAUUCUUUCAGCAUCUUGUAUCAGGCAGGAUGUAGCCUGCAAGAAAGUAAAUAUUUAAGCCAAAGUUGAAACUGGGAAGUUUAAAAAAAACAAGUAACCUGUGCCAGGUCUCAGGCAGACUGCAGCAGGAGCCAGAUACAUACAUGAUUUAAAAAACACACGCAGACACACUAGCAACAUGCUGAAGAUGAACCUGAACAACUUGCUGAAGCUGAACCUGAACAACUAGUACCAUGUCUCAGGCACACUAGUAGGAGCCAAAUCCACUUGCAAAAGCUGAACCUGAAUGACUUGCUGAAGCUGAAUUUGAAAUUGCCGGAGGAGCAAAGUGGCAUCUCUAUCCACUCUUUUGGUUGUGCAUAUCAGCUAGAGAAGCUAUAAUUCAAGAAGAAACCACAGUGACAUAUUUAAAGAGUGGUAGUCGUUUUAUGUCUAUAUUCAGAUGGACGAAUAUAAAACACAUGCAUCACCGGCGUCGCGAAGUCAAAGGAUGCUGAGGGCUCAUCUCGCUGCUUCUGAACAGUGACACUGCAAGUGGAUGGAAGUCGGCCCCUGCACAAGAAAACUACCUUCCACCUGAAAGAGGUUAGAGGUCCUAAUCACUCGCAAAGUCUCAACAACUACGCACGGCCUCCUCUCCCUCCGCCGGCCGGCACGAUGGCGUCAGGCGGCGAGCCCGCGGCUCCGAAGGUCGUCCUCCUCCUCGUCCCCCACGUGGACGAGUCCUUCCACGCCGCUCUGCGGUCGCGCUUCCGCGUCCUCGACUUCUUCGCCUCCCCCUCCUCAGGUGAGCCGCUGCCAGCCUUCCUCGCCGCGGCGGCGGCCGCUCCGGAGCCCCCUCGCGCCGCCGUCGUGGUGGGCGCGGGCCCGGCCCGCGUGGACGCCGCGUUCCUCGACGCCGUGCCGUCGCUCCGCUGCGUCUUGUCCCUGGCGGCGGGCGUGGACUUCAUCGACCUCGGCGAGUGCGCGCGCCGCGGCGUGGCCGUCGCCAACUCCGGCAGCGUGUUCUCGGCCGACGUCGCCGACCACGCCGUCGGCCUGCUCAUCGACGUGCUCCGCCGCGUGUCGGCCGCCGAGCGGUUCGUCCGCCGCGGCCUCUGGCCGGUGCAGGGUGACCACCCACUCGGCUCCAAGGUCGGUGGCAGGCGUGUGGGCGUCGUUGGCUUGGGGAACAUCGGCUCGCAGAUCGCAAAGAGGCUCCAGGCUCUCGGCUGCACCGUCUGCUACCACUCUAGAACGCCCAGGGACUCGGUCCCUUACAGAUACUUCGCCAACGUCCGCGACCUCGCGGCGGAUUCCGACGUGCUCGUCGUGGCGUGCGCGCUGAACGAGGCGACGCGGCACAUCGUCGGCAGGGACGUCCUGGAGGCGCUAGGGACGGACGGGGUCGUCGUGAACAUCAGCAGGGGCGCCAACGUCGACGAGGCCGAGCUGGUCAGGGCGCUCAAGGAGGGCAGGAUCGCCGGCGCCGGCCUCGAUGUCUUCGAGAGCGAGCCCGGAGCGCGCCGCGAGUUCUUCUCCAUGGACAACGUGGUCAUGACGCCUCAUGUGGCGGUUUUCACGGCGGAGUCCAUGUCGGACCUGCGAGACCACGCCAUCGCCAACCUCGAAGCAUUCUUCUCCGGUCAGCCGUUGCUUACGCCGGUGCCUCCCUACUCACCGGUCAAGUAGGCUGCCAACGUGAUUGAAGCCAGCGGAUUAUUGGCUCUGUUUGUAACUUCGCAUCGUUUAAAAUGUCUCGUAUAAUACUUGAUUUGUUUUUUACUGUCAAUAGAUCGAAGGUGAAAAUUUUGGUUAUGGUUGUACAGUCGGGGGACAAAUAAAGGUGAGAGAAAAGUAAGAAAAGAGAAUGAGAUGGAUGAGA